AUGUACAUCACUCUCUACUACAUAGUCACCCGCCUCCCCGACUCCCUUCGCGUAUUCAGGGACCACUUCCUCUCAGUUUGCCCCACCACCCUCACCGUUGACCUCCUCGAGAAGGCCCUCCUAGCAGCGGAGAAGAGCAUAGUCGCUUCGGUGCGGCGUCUACCCCUAGCGGGAGACGCCGCCCUGGUAAGGGCAAGGGGGGCAGGGGCGCUGGAGGAGCUAGCGGGGGCGGUGGAGGCGGCGGUGGAGGCGGCGAAGGGAGUGGGGGUGGCGGUGGGGGUGGUGGCGGGGGUGGAGGUGUCGGUGGCAGCAGUGGAGGCGGAGGCGGCGGCGGCGGUGGCGGUGGGAGCGGAGGUGGUGGCGGAGGUGGCGGUGGUGGAGGAGGCGGUGGCGGAGGAGGUGGAGCUGGUCGGGGUGGCGCUGCGCAGAGGGUCGGCUCCGGUGGAGCGGGGUGGGGGUACUGGUCCGUGCACCUACGUCCUACGCACCGGCGACCGCGCGGGUGAGCAGUGCGGGGGUGCGCACUCCACCCAGCGCUGCUUUGGCCGCCUGACGGACGCUUGGCGUCACCAGUUCCCGGAGGCCACGGAGAUCCCCCGCUGGGGUGAGCUGUCUAGGGCGGGAGUAGCUGUCUUUGACCUUGACUUUGAUGCUAUUCUUGCUGCCAUGUAUGCUGUGACUAUAAGUGAUGAGGGUCACUGUUACCGGUGUUUUCCGCCCGACCCGGGCAUUGAGACUUCCGCUCUAGGUACAGGUGAGGCUGCUGCUCUAGGUGCUAGCGAGGCUGCUGCUCUAGGUGCUCGUGCGUCUACUCCCUCAGGUGCUGGUGAGUCUGCUCUCUCAGGUACUGCGUCGGCUUCGGCCUCCCACACCUUCACCCUUGACUCGGGGGCUUCUCGCUCCUUCUUUCGAGACCGCACCACACUCACGCCGCUUGGCCGGCCAGUUGCAGUCUCUCUAGCAGACCCCUCUGGGGGUCCUGUCCUUGCUCGAUACUCCACUGUCCUCCCAUGUCCGGCGGCCCCCUCUGGCACCCUGUCUGGUCUUUACCUCCCCUCGUUCUCUACGAACUUGGUGAGUGGUGCUGACCUACAGGAUGCGGGGGUUCACCAGUUCACUCCUGCGCGUCAGCGGGUGACUCACUGCACGGACGCUCGGACAGGCCGACACCUAGCCACGUUUACACGUCGGCCGGGGUCGAGCCUGUACACACUGACCACUGCUUCUCCUCCAGUCACUGCGUCUGGUCAGGUAGCUGCGUCGGGUCAGGUGUUUGCUGCAGCAUCCAGGUCUGGUCCUGAGUCUGCCCCCUGCUCGUGUCGCCUCCUGUCUCACGAGACUCUUCUUUGGCACCACCGCCUUGGUCACCCCUCCCUGCUUCGUCUCCGAGGCAUGGCCUCCCGUGUCCUUGUCUCUGGUCUUCCCCGGUCCCUCCCUCCCCUUCCUCCUGGGCCUGGCCCUACCUGCGUCCCCUGUGUCGAGGGGUGGCAUCGGGCUGCCCCUCACUCCUCCCAGUUUCCUCCGACAGAGGCCCCGCUGCAGACGCUUCACAUGGACGUGUGGGGCCCGGCCCGCGUCCGUGGACAGGGUCACGAGCGCUACUUCCUGCUGGUGGUUGACGACUACUCGCGUUACACCACAGUCUUCCCCUUGCGCAGCAAGGGUGAUGUCACUGCGGUGUUGAUCGACUGGAUCCGCGCAGCUCGUCUCCAGCUCAGGCAGAGCUUCGGCUCGGACUUUCCUGUUCUGCGUCUGCACUCUGACCGAGGCGGAGAGUUCUCCUCUGGCCUUCUGCGAGCCUACUGUCGUGCGCGAGGCAUCCGCCAGACCUUUACGCUUCCGGACUCUCCACAGCAAAAUGGAAUUGCUGAGCGCCGCAUUGGCAUGGUCAUGGACGUCGCUCGUACGUCCAUGAUGCAUGCGGCUGCCCCCCAUUUUCUGUGGCCGUUUGAGUUCGCCUUGCUGUGGACGGGGAAGGUCAGCGAUGCGUCUGCGUUCCGUGUCUGGGGAUCUCGGGCGUUUGUCCGCGACUUGUCUGCGGACAAGCUGUCCCCUCGUGCUGCUCCCUGUGUCUUCCUUGGCUUCCCCCCUGACACCCCUGGGUGGCAGUUCUACCACCCUACCUCUCGGCGUGUUCUGUCCUCCCAGGACGUCACGUUUGACGUGUCGGUCCCCUACUACCGCCUCUUCCCCUACCGCACUCUGUCCCUCCCCCCGCCGCCGCUCUUCCUUGUACCAGGUCCCCCCCCGGUAGAACCCCUCCCCCCUCAGGGUCCUGCCCCUUCAGGUUUGUUCCAGGUAGACGCAGUUGAGCCUGUCGAGGUUGCUGGUGACUCUGGUGCUGCUGAGGGUGCUGAGCCUGGGGGUGCUGACUCUGGGGGUGCUGAGCGCGUGGGUGCUGCGCCUGGGGGUGCUGAGCCUGCGGGUGCUCCUACUGGGGGUGCUGAGCCUGGGUGUGCUGCGACUGGGGGUGCUAAGCCCGGGGGUGCUGCGGCUGGGGGUGCUGAGUCUGGGGGUGCUGAGCCUGGGUGUGCUACGCCUGGAGGUGCUGAGCCUGGAGGUGCGGAGCCUGAGGGAUUUGGGCCUACUCGUGUGGCGUCUGGCGGUGCUGGGCCUGGAGGUUCUCCGGGUGCUUCGUCUCGACGGGAGCCCCUCUCUCCACAGGAGCUGCGUGAGUGGUUUGCCCGGCGCUUAAGGCCUGCUGCUGGAGCUGGAGGCUCUCCAGCUGCUGAGGGUGCUGGUGCCGCGGGUCCCGGAGGUGCUCGUGCUGGGAGUACUGGAGCUGCUGGGCCUGCGGGUGCGACUGGAGCUGGUGCUGCUGAGGGUGUUGGCGCGGAGCCUGCUCCUGUCGGUCCUGGAGGCGGACCUAUUGGGGGUACUACUGGUGCUGCUGGAGGUGCUGGAGCUAGAGGUGCUCCUGGCACUGGUGCUGCCGCUGGGGGUACUGGUGCUGUCUCUGCUGUGUCUGGAGUCGCCGCGCGGCCUCGGCCGUACUUCGUUCUGCUCCUUCAGCAGGUUCUUGGUCUCCCGCCUUCUACUGGUCCUUCUCCUCCCUUAGAGUGUACACAGCCAAUCCCGUCACAGUUACAGCCGGCCUCCCCACUGCCUGCUCCUUCUCCCUACACUAGUCCUACUGGAGGUCUUGCUGAGCGUCGUGAGCCUGCGUCUCGCCCUGUGUCGCUUGUCCGCCCUGCUCGCACUAGUGGUCGUGGUUCGCGUCAGCGUCCUCCUCCUGUCCCUGGCACGCACCGGAUGUCUCUGCGUCAGUCCACUCCUCCUCUGCGUGCCCCUUUGCCUUCUCCUCCUGAGUCCUCUCUUCUUGCUCUUGCCGACCCGGAGUCGGACUCUCUUCGUGCUGCCAGACCUACUGUCACGCGUCUCCUUGCUACUGUCGUCACUGACCCUUCCUUUGAGUCCACUGCUGCGUCUGCCUUAGUUACUGAGCUCGUCGACUUUGCUGCUCGCUGUCGUCUAGACUACGCUGCUAGUCUUGUCGCUGAGUCUGAGACUGUCUAUCCUCCGUCCUUCGGGGGUGAGUGUGCCCUUGGCACGGACGUCCUUGAGGACAGGCAGGAGGAGUUCCAGUGCCUGGCUGCUGCUUCACCUCAUCUCGUGUCCGUACUGCUUACCCCUGAGGGAGACCCGGAUGCACUUAACAUCCCGACUCCGCGCUCUUACGCGGAGGCGAUAGAGGGUCCCUACUCCUCUCAGUGGCAGGCAGCUAUGGACGCAGAGAUGGCUUCCUGGAAGUCCACAGGCACCUACGUUGACGAGGUUCCCCCACCUGGGGCGAACAUCGUCAAUGGCAUGUGGAUUUUCAGGGUGAAACGGCCACCGGUUUCUCCGCCUGUCUUCAAGGCGUGCUACGUGGCUCGUGGCUUCUGUCAGCGGCAGGGAGUUGACUACUUUCAGACCUUCUCUCCCACCCCGAAGAUGACCACUCUUCGGGUACUGCUGCACAUAGCUGCUCACCGUGACUACGAGCUUCACUCUCUUGACUUCAGCACUGCUUUCUUGCAGGGCAGCCUGCACGAGGAGAUCUGGCUGCGUCGCCCACCUGGCUUCACAGGGUCUUUUCCUCCUGGCACCCAGUGGAGCCUCCGGCGGCCAGACUACGGUCUCCGCCAGGCACCGCGUGAACGCUUCUUGGGCUGA